AUGACAUUCCUAGCCAAUAAAUCCAUACUCGGUGCUUUCGUCGCCCUUAUCAUCUGGGGGAUAAUUCGGCACUAUAAGCGCCAACAACGGUAUAUCCCAGGGGUUCCUAUCAUUGGUGGAAAGAGCAACAUAAAAAAGAAUCGAAAGUUGUUUGCGACACAGAGCUUGCAAAUUCUCAGAAAAGGCUACGAAGAGAACAAUGGCGAGCUAUUCUAUGUUCCCACUGCUAUCGGAGAACGCUUGAUUCUGCCUGGACGGUACCUCGAAGAGAUGAAAUCGGCAAAUAUGCGCAUUGUGGACUUCCAAGGAACCUUUCUUGAGAUGUUUGAAGGCGCCUAUACGACCUUAGGAACUCAUUCUCGAUUGCUACCCCAGGUAGUCCGUGCUCAAUUGAACCAGUACCUUCAGCCGAAAACGCCUCGAAACCCCACCCUCAUUCAGGAACAGAUGAACUCACACAAUCCCACACAAUCAGACUGGACCGAAAUCAAUGUCACAGAAAUAAUGGCCGUGAUUAUUGCACGAGUGUCAAGUCGCAUGUUUGGUGGCCCCAAGCUUAGUCAAAACCGUGAAUGGAUUCAAGCAUCUCUUCUUUUUGCACAUGACGGCUUCAACGCAGCCCAAAAGCUGAAAGCGUGGCCCAGAUUCCUUAAGCCGAUUGGACAACAUUUUAUACCCGAAAUCCGCUCCAUCAAAAACACAUACCAGGUUGCAGAAAGGGCGUUAGUUCCCCUUCUUGACGAACGGGAAGUUGACACGAACACAAAAACGCAUGACCUUCUUACCUGGAUGUACGACCAAGCACAGGGGACCGAGAAAAACAACAAGUUCAUUGCUGGGACCUUGCUCAAAGUCAGCUUCGCAGCGUAUCACACGAGCGCUGCAGCACCAACGCAACUUCUUUUUGAUAUUGCCGCAAUGCCAGAGUAUAUUGCCCCACUUCUUGAAGAAUAUGGCUCGGUGUCUAGGGAUCACAACCAAAACAUCACCGUCAAAGGCUUUGCGCAGAUGAAAAAAACGGAUAGUAUCAUGAAGGAAAGCCAACGAUUCAAUCCUUUGCUUCUACUUACGUUUGAACGCAUCAUCAAACGCGACUUUCACCUUUCUGAUGGCAUCAUUAUUCCUGCCAAUACCUGGAUUGGUUGUGCAGCACAAGCCAUUGGAAUGGAUACAAAUCUCUAUUCUAAUCCAGAUACAUUUGAUGGUCUCAAGUUUGUCCCCGGCGCAGAUGAGAAAAGCAAAUUAGCAGCAGGUGCCAAGACCAAUUACACAUCCGCUCACCCAGGCUCAAUGGCAUUUGGCUAUGGUCAACAUGCUUGUCCGGGCAGAUUCUUUGCUAUGAUGGAAAUCAAAGCUAUCAUUGGUGAGAUUUUAAGCCGUUUUGAGAUGAAACUGCCAGAUGGACAACCGAGGCCGCCGAGCAUUACGUUUGAAACGCAGCAUCUGCCACAUCCUACUGGUCCAGUGCUCUUCAGAGCUAGGAACUGUAUAUAG